CUCAGGUUCUUGCGGAAUAGUCGAGGUUUGGCCCGAGUGUUCGCAAGCGGACCCAAUGGAAUCAAUCUCAGCAGAUCAAACGGACGUCUCGACCACCAUCAGUUUCCCGAUGGUUCCGUUGAGUCGUCUUGACUUCACUUCGCCCAGUAUUGCAAAAUGCUGGCAAAAAGGCGUCAACAUUCAUAAUCGGGGGUGCAGGCCGAGCGACAAGAGAAGGAUAGAUAAAGAUUCAGUCGAAAAUCAUUCUGUGUGCACCUUUGAUCAGUUUCACAAAGCUGCAAUCGAUGCCAAAGAGAAAUGUCACUUGUCGCGUGGUAGAUUUCAAAGAAAGCUCGAGGACUUUAUAGGUUGUAUUGAGCCUUACUUGCCACUUGUGGAUUUCCUUACGCAACAAGAGCCCCACACUAGGAUUGUCUGGGGCGGACUUCGUUGCCUGAUUAGAAUUGCAUCUCAGAAGAGUGGGGUUGAGAGCACGAUCGAGGAUGGGAUUGCUAUCAUACUGAUAAAUAUUGGAACAUGGCACCAGAAUAUUCUCAAUGACCCCGAAGGGGAAAGCACAAGUGAAGCCAGCUCGCAUCUCUUCGGUUCUGUUCUCAGUUUUGUAAUCGAAAGUCGGCUGCAUCAUGAAAAUUCAAUAACAGCGAAACUCUGGGCUGCAAGCUUCACUAAACUUCCAGAAGUAAUUCGAGGUGCUCUUAAGGCGAUGAAAAGUCGUUCCGACGAGCAACACAGAGCUGUAGCAUCAGCUGAGACUGCGAGAAAUAACCAAUUUCGGAAUACACGAAUUCGCUAUCUUGCAGUUCAAGAGAUAUUGGACAAUGAACAGAGCAACUUCAGAGAAGAGACUCGAAAAACUCACCGACUACUUCAAGAUACGUUGGAAGAGAUGAGUAGGGUCGCGCUUGAGAACAAGCAUCUAGACAGAGUCAAACGGGCAAUCGAAGUUGUGGAAAGUGAAGCCAAUAUUCCUCUCGUUCCAGAAGCCGCUGAGGGAACUUGCGAUUGGAUUUUUGAGCAUCCCAAUUUCCUCGAAUGGGUAGGUCAACAGUGUCGCAAACCCCUCUGGAUAGGUGGCAUUCCUGGAUGUGGAAAAACUGUUCUUGCCAAUUUCCUCCGUCAACAUACCACGCCUUCGCAAAUGACUCUCACUCAGUUUUUCCAAGCCUCCAGAAACAAAGAAUCAACAAAUGCGAGGUCUUUGGGGGUUUCAAUAAUCAGCCAACUUCUCAAAAAGGAGCUCUCUUCCCCGAGACCCGACCAUCGAGAAGUAAUCGAUGACUUGGCCAGCUUCUGCCUAGAAAUUGGCUACGCCAGUCAAAUGAUAUUUCCUAAGCUUCGGCACAUCGUCGAGAAGACUUUGUUGGCAAUAUCUCAAUAUACAUUGAUUAUUGAUGGACUCGAUGAGUGCUCCAAUAUUGCCGAUAUCUCAGAAUUCAUCGAAGCUCUUUUGGAAUCAGAUUCAAGGACCCUCCCGUGCUCGAAGAUUAUUCUUUUAUCCCGAGAGCACGAUGGUUUGAAAGCCAUCAAAGAGAAAUGUGUUGCAAUUGCAAUGGACGAAACUGCUGUGAACCCUGAGAUCUAUCGUUUCAUUGAAAUAAAGGCCGUCCAGCACCCGCAGCUACAGGCAAUUCAGAAGGACAUACACGAAGAGGCAGAGAAAAGCGCUCAUGGAUCUUUCCUCUGGGCCAGUACGAUGAUUGAGUGUCUGGUACAACCCGUAAGAUCGGAGUGGGAGCAACUCCAAAGACUGAAGAGAAUUCCUGCCGGUAUCAUAGAUUUCUUCGAAGACUUGGUCAUUAAGUCUGGGAAAAAGAGAAGCUUGUCGGAGCUCAAAUUAAGACGCGAAAUGCUUCUCAUCCUUUUGAGUCCGCAGAAAUUUCUUACUCUUGAUGAGUUUGCAGUAUUUCUUCAGUUCAGGCAUAGCCGCCGACAAGAGAAAGCUAGACGCUUGCGAGAUAUACGAAAUGCAGUCCUCGACCUUUGCUGGCCACUGGUAUCAGUGAUAGAUGGUUACGUUACCUUGUACCACAUGAAUGCGGCGGAAUAUCUGCUUACGGAAAAGAAGAAAGGUGCCGAAGAACGGUUUUCCGUCCAUAUCAAACUGGAAGAAUCAAAUGCAACCCUUGCUAUUCGGUGUCUGUACGUUCUUUCAGAAGAGCAAAACAGUGCUCCAGGGCGUAUUGCUUAUUGGCUCUACAAGAACACCUACCCGGAAUACAGGGCCAAUGCUUCUGAUGUUGCAGCCCAAACCGAGGCGUUCGUUGACAUCGUGUCAUACGAAUAUGCGGCAAGGUACUUUUUAGACCAUCUCACACAGGUGGCAAAACCUUCAGAAGAACUUCUGACACAAGUCGAUUUGUUCCUUCGGAACUUCCAGUUCGUGAAAUGGGCGGAAUAUUUCUUCAACCUCAAGGGUGAGAACACCUCAUUUUCAGAGCUUUAUGGAAACCUCAAGUCUUGGUGGACCACUUUACCAAUAGAUUCAAAGGAGCGUUUACGUAAAUCAGUGGAGUCUUUCUUCACAAUUCCGUAUCGCAGCCUGAGUGUGUAUUACGCCGAGGAAAACCAAGAUAAACUUUUACAGUACCUGUGUCUUUCUCGCCUGGGGGCCUACUACACAUUACAGAUUGAAAUUGAUGCAGAAUAUGAAGUCAGGAGAGAAGUAGCAAAUGGCCUUGUGAACCUCUUAGGGCCCAGGAAUCCUCUCACCUUGAGAGCAAAAACAGCCUUGGGGUUAUGCUAUACUGCUAGAAGCGAUUUCAGAACAGCCUUGGAACUGUACAAGGAAAUAUCCUUAACGCAGAAGGAAGUUCUUGGUCUUGAACGCCAAGACUAUUGGUCAACUCUCACCAGCAUUGCGUUUGUCCAAUUUCUCAUGGCGAAUUUUGAAGAGGCUGCGACCACGAUGGCCGAGCUCUCCGCAGGCUGGAAGAGCAUUCCAGGACUACCUACUCGCUUCCUCAUACUUUCGAACAACUUAAUCGAAGGAUACAUUUAUGAGGCACGAGAAAUGUUGGGAGAGGCCAUGAACCUAUACCGGGUUGUGUGGAAUGAUCAGACCGAAAUCUUUGGAGAAAACAACCCAAUGGCAUUGUAUGCCCAGAUCGGCAUGGGAUCGAUCCAGCGCAAGCAGAAAGAGUACAAACAAGCUAUAGCGAACCUGGAUCAUGCUUUCCAAAUCCGUACACAGCUUUGGGGUCUCGAAAACGGCUGGGUGAUCGACCCUGCUAUUCAGCUCAUUAUCUCAUAUCGCGAGAACGGGGAAUUCGAUCAGGCCAUGGCUCGAAUUGAGUUGCUAUCUCAAUGCGAAUUUCUGAAGAGAGACUUUGAAAGAAAAUGCCAGGUCAGGCACCUCGAGGCACUUGUUCUCUACGAUGAAGAAGAACUUGAGGAGCAGCGCUUAAUUUCGGAUGGGGCUGUUCUCGUUGGCCAUGAGCAAUUUGGAGAAUCACGAAGAAUCUUACAGGAUCUUCUACAUGAACAAAUUGAGAAAGGGAGGGACGCCAAUAACCGCUCCCUACUUUGGAUCCGUCUGACACUUGCUACCCUUUUGAGGGCCGUUCAGCGAGACGAUGAUGUUGCACCAUUGUUUGAUGAAAUCGUCACGCCAUUGACAGAGGGGCUUGUUAGCCCUCAAUUUGAGCAUGUUGAGUCGCCUCAAUUGUGGAAAGAUGCCGAGAAGGCGUUACGAUUAGUUCGAGACAGGAAAAUAGAUGAAGCGGACCAAGAGCUUCGACAGAAAGGUCUCCGCUGGGUGAGGGCAGAGGACUUCUGGCUUUUUGAAGGCGGUCCCGGAGUUGAUACUGCUUGGAUGAAAGGUCCAUGAGCGAGGAAUAUCCGUUCGGAGAUGGGUCUUCGAAUAUCAUGGCAUGGUGGUAAGUCUUUGGAUCUGAGAUUUUCUUCUGUCUUUGAACCCUUUUCGCUUCUUGCCUUCUAUGACAUCUCCUAUUCACGUCAACCCCUCUAUUUAUCGAGAAUAUUUCUUAUAAGCAAUAUUUUUGGGGCCCAGUUCAGAGCGUAAUAUCCCAGCCGCACGAAACAUGACAUAUUAUCAUACAAGAUAUAUC